AUGGCUUCAUCCUCGAAGACGAGCUCUUUGCUCUACUCCUGCGUCGCUCAUCGAACCACCAUCCUAGCCGAACACUCCUCGCCAGGUGCAUCAUCAACCUCCGCCUCGUCCCUAGCCUCCAUCAUCCUCCCUAAGAUCACCCAUGACAAGCCCCAGAAGCUCACUUUCACCCAUGAGCGUCUCUUUGUCCACUACAUCGCCGACUCGCCAACAGCAGGCGAUGAUAGCAACCGUUCAGAGCAAAGCUCACAGGCACCCCUGAGCUUCGUGGUAGUCGCGUCAGCCGAGCAAGGCCGCCGAAUCCCCUUCGCCUAUCUUCUGGAAAUGAAACGCAAUUUCCUAUCCCGCUACCCACCCUCCACCACAGAAUUCGCCUCGCUUCCCGCCUACGGCUGUGCUGCCUUCAACGGCGAGCUCCGCUCUCUUCUGCAGACAUACAACACAGCCCCUCCAGCCGACUCACUUGCCUCAGCCAAGCGCGAAAUUGACAGCGUGCGUGACAUCAUGACCGAGAAUAUCGAGCGGGUUCUAGAGCGUGGAGAGCGCAUCGAUUUGCUGGUUGAUAAGACGGACCGGCUUGGUGGUAGUGCACAUGAUUUCAGAAUGCGGAGCCGGGGGUUGCGGAGACGGAUGUGGUGGAAGAAUACCAAGUUGAUGAUUAUGAUAGUUAUUGUGGUUAUCUUCUUGCUAUAUAUAUUUAUCGGGAUGGGGUGCGGCCUUCCUGCGUGGGGAAAAUGUGUUGGACACAAGCAAUAA